AUUAAGUGGUUAUAGGAGAACAUCUCAUGAGUCCUUUUCGGUUUUCUUUCAGAGUAAAAUGUCAGCUGAUGAUGAAUCAUUACUUGGUUUGUUUUCUUCCCCACAGAUCAGCUGAUGAGCCCCGCCUGUUUUCAGGUAGAUUAGUGACGUACCUGCCGUGAAGACUGUAUGAGGUUGGGAACGUUUGGAGAAUAGAAACCGAAAGUUACCGAGGCAGAGAUGGAAAACGAAUCUUAGAGAGAAGGCGUGGCCUGCUCUGUAUAUAAACAGCUGAUCAGCUGAACUCUUUGGCCGCACUCAACACUCAAGGAAACUUCAUUUUGAUCUAAGAUCAUCGCAAGACUUCCAUCAUGGAACUAAUCAUCACCAUGCUGAACGGGACAUCCCACUCCCUGAUUGUGAGUCCUCAUGACACAGUGGGCUCUUUGAAGAUGUCCAUCCAGUCCAAACUAGGGGAACCCGCUCAGAGACAGAGGCUGGUCUUUGAUAACGGACGGAGGACACCUCUGAACGACGACUCCAGGACCCUGGGCUCCUACAACCUCCAGUCCGGCUCCCGGGUGUCGCUGCUGGUCACGCAGCCCCCCGCCACCAUCCAGGUCUUCCUCAAAAACGAGAAGGGACAAGAUAAAACCUUUCACAUCAAACCCGAGGAGACGGUGACGGACUUCAAGAAGAAGGUCCAACAAAGCGAGGGGGUCCCAGAGAGCCAACAGAGGCUGAUCCACGAGGGCCGGGAGAUGACGGACGGGAAGCUGGUGGACUAUAAUGUCAGAGAUCUGAGCACCAUCUUCCUCAACCUCCGCCUGAGAGGAGGCUGAAUUAUGCUCAGGUUUAGCAUCUACAUUCCUUUUGAAAUUAUUGUAAUAAUCAUUCCACUGUGCUAAGCAAAAUUAGAUAUUUUACUGAAACUGAAACUAUUUAAUAAAGACUUAAUAAAGAA